GUGAAUGUCUGCCCACCUGAAAAUUUCUCACCGUUUGUCAGAAGGUCAUGUUCCAUGAAACGUCUGCUCUAGCAACUUAAAACCUGACACAACCGUCUACAGCUUUCACUUUAUUCUCUAUCUUCGGGGAUGUCAUUAACGGUUCCAACUUCAAAGGCCUGAAGCUCGAUUCAAUCUAAGACGCAAAAUGAUGCUAGCUACGUAUUUUCAGAAGCUUGGCGACUGCCACCCUCUCCAACCUGGGGUAGGAUACUGUGAUUUUAUUCUCGAUCACUGGUCAUCUAAACAAGGUAUGGCAGACGAUGAUACAGAGAGUCUGGUUUCUUCGAGGGACAGUGGUGAAGCGCAGUUCUUAAACUGUGGCAUCUGUAUGGGGAGAUUUGUCAAUCCCAAGAUGCUCCCGUGCUUACACACAUUCUGCGAACGCUGCCUUUUACAAUAUACACCUCCUGAAAGCUUAACUCUUUCGUGCCCUCUUUGUAGACAGCAGUCUAUACUUCCAAAACAAGGCGUUUCAGGCCUACAGAACAAUUUUCUCAUAAACAAUUUGAUGGGUGUUCUAGAACAAACUUCAGUUUGCGGAAACUGCCAAUAUAAAUCGAGCUGUGGAGUAUCCAAAUGCUUGGAAUGUAACCAAUACUUAUGCCAACGAUGUGCUACUAAACAUCAAGAGGAUCCGAAUGCCAGCAUGCACUCCCUUGUAGCUUUAGGUGAUAAUUGCUUAUUUAAUGAGGAUGAUAAUAGGAUUAAUAACCACUCGGCAGGUAAAGAAAAUGGUGCUGAUAAACAAGAUUUACUUACUUGCCUUAAGCAUAUAAACCAAUCGUUACGCUUUUAUUGCAAAGAGUGCGAAACUGCAAUUUGUGUUACAUGUACUGACAUCGAACACGCUGGACACAUAACCGCUCGACUCACUGAAGCUGUAAAAGACGAGAAGAACAGUUUACGGGACCUCUUGAAAAAAGCUUAUGAACAUGUACCCGAGUUAAAGGAAGCUAUUGAAUCCGUAAGCAGUGUUUCAUUUUCGUUGGCAAACAAGCAUGCCAAAAAUACCCAAAUGAUUAUUGACUGUUUUGAUAAUUUAGAGAAAGCUGUUCAGCAACGAAAGAAUGAACUAAUACAUGAACUGGAUCAACUAGCAUCAAAGAAGCGCAAUGUAUUAGAAGAACAAAAGAAUGUGUUGGAUAUGUGCUUGUCCAACAUAUUGGCCAGUUCCGAAUUUACGGAAAAUGCUUUGUGCUACGGAAGUGAAACUGAGGUCAUACUGGUUACCAAACAAAUGGCGGAAAAGCUUGAAGACUUUGCAGACAUGCGCAUCCAAAAAAUGCCAGAGGAAAAUGAUUUUCUUACUUACAGGUCAGAAGGGUUUGAUGCUGCAAAAUUAGCCAUUUUAAGUGUGGGAAGUGUGACAACAACAAGUGCAGUAGCUCAUCAAUGUACCGCUGCUGGAGAAGGUCUUAAGUUAUGUGGAGUCAACAAGCAAACACUAGUUGUUAUCACCGCUAAAGACCGAAGAGGAGACAUUGUUAGAAAUGCUGGCAAUGUAUUUGAAGCAGAGCUAACUUCCUCAGAACUUUCUUUCUCAAACAAGCCUAAAAUUGUGGACCAAAAAAAUGGUAGCUAUGAUAUGCACUAUACUGUACCCAAGGAAGGUACAUAUCAAUUGAGUAUCAAGUUCCUAGGACAGCACAUAUAUGGAAGUCCUUUUAUUGUAAAGUCAUAUAUAGAAGAAGAGUCUUCGUCAAGUGAUCGACCAGUGAGCUCUAAAAUCCCACGCACUACUGGAGUAAGGCAAAGAACAAGUAAAUCUUCCUCCAGCAACCGUUCUAGUGGCUCUAGGUUACGAAACAAUGCUAUAGAAGAUGAUUUGAUUUUAAAAAUAGGAAAUAGAGGCCGUGGAAGAGGUGAAUUUACGAAUCCUCAAGGAGUUUGUUGCACGAGUGACGGGAAGAUCGUCGUUGCGGACAGCAAUAACCAGUGUGUUCAAGUGUUUGCUUCAGGAACUGGGGAAUUUCGUUUAAGAUUUGGAGCCAGAGGACGAUCCCCGGGACAAAUGCAACGUCCAACGGGAGUAACUAUCUUACCUAAUGGAAAUUAUGUAGUUGCUGACUACGAAAACAAAUGGGUGAGCAUAUUUGACUCUUACGGAAAAUAUGUUUCACGUAUUGGAAUUGGAAAGCUUCUGGGACCAAAAGGAGUGACCGUAGAUAAGAAUGGACAUAUUAUCGUAGUGGAUAACAAAGGGAACAAUGUUUUAGUUUUUCAAGAGAAUGGUAAACUUCUUUACAAGUUUGGGAGUCGUCCUUCAGAGCCUGGCCGUUUUACUGGUCCCCACUAUGCAGCCGUCAAUAGUAGAAACCAGAUUGUUGUCUCUGAUUUUCAUAGCCACUGCGUAAAGAUCUUUGACUCUGAAGGAGGAUUCUUAUCAUCAUUUGGAUCAAAUGGGGAAGGCAAUGGGCAGUUCAAUGCUCCAACUGGUGUUGCCAUAGACUCACAAGACAAUAUCAUUGUUGCAGAUUGGGGAAACUGCAGAAUACAGGUGUUUGAUAUGAAUGGUUCAUUCCUUUCCUUCAUUAACACAUUUGGUGAUCCUCUAUAUGGACCUCAAGGGCUUGCUUUGACAUCUGAUGGAAAUGUGGUUGUAUCUGAUUCCGGAAAUCAUUGUUUCAAAGUUUACAAGUAUCUUCAAUAACAUCCAAUUUAAGAUGAAACCCCGAAAAGUAAAAAAAGGCUACAACUUCACCUAUGACUCGCAAUGGAUUAUAUGUCAUCUAAAAUGUAUGUUUUGACACAAUUAAAAUAUAAAACAUGACAAGUGAUGAAUGAAAUAAUUUCACAAAUACAAAUGCAACAAUUCCAAAGCUGAAAGUAAUAAAUGUU